AUGUUUGGUAUCUUGUUUAUGGACACCAUCCAAGGAACUGUGAGGCUAAAAACUAUUCUUGCAACUUCGCCACAAAAAGAGAACUAUCGAAACUUUCAGAAGUGGGCUGGAACAAAAAAAUGUUUUAUGCCAGUAUGGACUUGGGAUGAAAUAUCUGCAUCCAAAAAAUUGUUUGGAAUCUGGGGAGGUAUUCCACGAGUUGUUUUGCAAAAAGCAAGCACAGAAGCAAUCAGAAUUUGUGAUCUUGAUAUGAUAGUAAAAAUAGUUGGAGAUGUGGUUGAUCCUAAACUUGAUGUUAACAAUAAGGUUGUGCAUAUUUACACUAAUGUUUCUGAUGAACAACCAGAUAAUGUGGAUGAUAAUACUAUGGAUGUGUGUAAAAAACUUGAUGUUUCAUCAUUUCCACCAUAUGCUCAGCAAUUGGUACUCUUUGCAUCAACAUAUGUAAGUGAAAAGAUUAUAAAUCGUUAUGAGGAGGAAAAAAGAGACCAGUUGUAUAGUUUUUUAUCAGCAAGUAAAGAUCAGAUGGGGUAUGAAACUUUGCAAGGAAACAUAUUUGAGGCAGUUGCACAUAGAAUUUUGCGAACUGAUGAGAUUAAUACACAUAAUGAAUAUUAUCAACCACAACAAAAAAAUUUCACUUCAGUGGAUUCAUUGGUUUUACCAAAUAUGUUGUUUCAGAUGACUAUCAACCAAGGAUCAUGGUAUAAAGAAUGUUUUGAUGGAAUGAAAAAGCAACCAUUUCAUACCAGAAAAGGAGAAAAUUCAAAGAGACUACCACCCUGGAUUAAGGAUAAAGUAAAACAAUAUGUUCUCAAUGUUGAUUUGGCAUCUAAUUAUAAGUCAUAA